AUGCAGCAAAGUCUUGAUGAAGAACUUGGAAUCAUGAAUACUGCGUAUCCACAAAUAGGUCUCCAAGCUGCCAAGUUGAGCGAGAAAACGUCCUCCCGACAGCUCCGAACCUCCACAUCUGCGCAACCAUGGAUAAGCUACGCCGAUACAGAAUCAGCACGCUAUCGUAUAGAAACACAGUCAUGGCAAGGCGGAAGGAAGUCGCUAUUGGGCGAGCUGAGGCGAAUGGCUGUUUUGAUGACGAAGUUGCGUGGCUCUGCACCACCCCCAAAGGUCGACUACACUGCUGCGUACAGAGUGCGUGAUGCGUCAAGGGCGAAGAAAUGCGACGCAGCCAGUAGAGAUGAUGCCAAAGCCGUGUCCGAGGCAGCUUUUCUCCGCAAAUCCCACCCGGUUGUCGUUGAACAACAGGUCCGGGUGAGGAAACACGACAUUCCUGACUUGGGGAACGGGCGCUGUGUGUCCCUGCAUGAUGAGAGGAUUCGGUGCUAA